AUGCGGUGCGGAUCAGCCACCACGGUCACUCUUUCCUGGGUCCUGCCCUUCGUCCUGCUCCUCCUGGGCACAACUGCAAGCGCCAGCGGCGCUGUGACCCUGUACGGCGUAGGUGAGUACUCUCUGGUGGGCGCCCUGUCCAGCGUGGCCUCCAGCUACUCGUACCACAGGGAUACGGUGAGCGUGGCAUAUGUGGGGACGCCGAACGUCUCCACUGUCCUGUUGGCCUUCACUGCUCGCUACAGCCAGUACGGCGCCCUCGACAGCCAAAUUGAUGAGGACAUGCUCGCAGCGGACACGCUGCAGCUGCCCAUCUUCGGCUCGGGCAUCGUCUUCAACUACAACCUGGGACCCUCCACACCCACACAACCCCUGGUGUUCGACGCCGAAACUAUGGGGCGGAUCUGGAGCGGCGACAUCACCAAGUGGAACGACUCGGCGAUCGCCAGCCUCAACGAGGAUAUCGACACGCCGCUUCCCGGCGAUGACAUUAUUCUGUGCUGGGGCUCCACCACGGAAGAGUCCAUCACGCAGACCUUCAAGCGCGGUCUGCGGGCCAUGAGCCCCGAAUUCGACGCGGCCCUGACCGCGGCCAACGAUGACCUGGGCUCUCUCCCACCUAUUCUCGCCGGCAGGGGCAUCGCCAUCGCCACCAACAGCUCCGGAAGGAUCAACUGCACUCAGGCCACAGAGUACAGUCUCACCUACUCGGACUGGGCCUCGGCUCUGAAGUACCCCAACAACGCCCGUAUGCGCAAUAAGGCCGGCAAGGACGUGGCAAUCAGCGUCACCUCCCUCCAAGCGGCUAUGAAGGACUUUCAAGUCCUGCUUCAAGAUGGCGACUUGCUGAUCCCGCUGUUCGACGGCGAGGGUGACUCCUCGUACCCGUUCGCCUACAUGUCGACUGUACUCAUCGUCAAGGAGGGCAAUCAGAGCGACUGCACAAUCCCGCAAGAGAUGACGCAGUACUUGAGCUGGAUCUACACCAACCAGCACGUCUCGGAUCACAUGUCGACCCAGGGCUGGGCGCCGCUCACGGUGGCCUACAGGAAGAUGAUCAUCGACGUACUUGGCAUCGUCACGUGCGACGACGAAGAGGUCCUCACCACGGCCUAUCUCAUCGGCGAGGGCACGUCGCGCCCCGCGCUCUCCGACCUAGCCGGUCAGUAUCCCUCGAGCACCGUCACCCAGAAGUACUUCACGAGCGAUAUGGCCACCGCCAUCGUCGACAUGAAGCAAGGCGCAAUCGACUAUGCCGAUGUGACGACCGGCGUCACCGGCGCACAGUUGGUGGGAGCUGAAGAAGCCAACAUGGACAUUGUGCCCGUCCUCGGCUAUGCUGUCUUCCCGUGCUACAAUAUACCUGCGCUUCGAUUCCAUCCGCUGUCGCUCAACCUGACGCUGGAGAUCUGGGCCGGCAUCUACCUCAAUCAAAUCACGACCUGGAACCACCCGAGCAUUGUGGCUAUCAAUCCGGCCUUUGCGUCCAUCCUCUCAGCCCUCCCCAUCAACAUCACCGUGAUGCUGGGCACCGAUCCCUCGCCCCUCACGCGCAUGGUGACCACCGUUCUGAGCGACGCCAGCCCGGACUUCAACUCCACCGUCGGUGUUGUCGAGACGCCGGACACCUACACGGUAGCGGGCGUGGUCAACCGGACCGAAGCCGUCGCCGGCGCUGAGUCCGCGCUGGCCGCGAAGAUGAACGGCAUAAUCAACACCUUCGCGGCGCUCUCCAGCGGCCAGCUCGCCACGGCCAAGAGCGUACGCAUGGCCGCGCUGUACAAUCCCACCACCGGCAACUACGUCGUGCCGUCGACCGCUUCCAUCCAGUCGGCCAUGCGCGACCACGACAACGAGUCCCUCAUUCACCUCUUCCUCGGCGCUCGCAAUUCUUACUGUAAGCGCCACAGCUACCCGCUGGUGAUGUACGACAUCCUGCUCAUCUCCAAGAACUCCUCGGACUGCUCGAAGGCUGCGGCACUAUCGGACUGGAUCUACUGGACCCAGAGCGACAGCGCGGCGAGGAAGGUGGCCGAGCGGAACGGCGUGGUGCUCACCAGCGACGUCACCGUGUGGAAGCGGAUGAUGCUCAAGGCCGUCACGGGCAUGACCUGCAACGGCCUCAAGGUGAGCUCCAUCGCCGGCUGCGUGGCGGACAGCACACUCUGCUCCGACCGUGGGCGCUGCAUCUCCAACGCCUGCGAGUGCGACGCGGGAUGGACUGGCACCUACUGCGAGACCAGCAUCAACACGUCGAGCUCGGGCAGCGACUCGACCGUGCUCGCGGCCAUUCUCGGCUCGGUCCUGCCGGCCGUGUUGCUGGUGGUCAUCCUCCUCGCCGUGCUCGUGCUGGUGCUCGUGAUGCUGGCCCGCCGCAAGCGAAGCAAGGACGCGUGGGAGAUCGACACCAACGAGCUCGAGAUGGCCGAGACCCUCGGCGCGGGCGGCUACGGCGAGGUGUUCCGGGCCAAGUGGCGCGGCACCGAGGUGGCGGUCAAGAUGAUGUCCGCCCGGGACAGCCUCCUUACCAAGGACAUGCAGCGCAACUUCGCCGAAGAGGUGCGAGUGAUGACGGCGCUGAGGCACCCCAACGUGGUGCUGUUCAUGGCCGCCUGCACCAAGCCGCCGAACAUGUGCAUCGUCAUGGAGUUCAUGGGCCUCGGCUCGCUCUACGAGCUGCUGCACAACGAGCUCAUCCCGGAGCUGCCGAUCGCGCUGAAGGUGAAGAUGGCGUACCAGGCGGCCAAGGGCAUGCACUUCCUGCACUCGUCGGGCAUCGUGCACCGCGACCUCAAGUCGCUCAACCUGCUGCUCGACAACAAGUGGAACGUCAAGGUCUCCGACUUUGGUCUCACCAAGUUCAAGGAGGAGUCCAAGAACUCGGGCCUGGGCCAAAACGCCCUCCAGGGCUCGAUCCACUGGACCGCGCCCGAGGUGCUCAACGAGAACCCCGACAUCGAUCUCAUCCUCGCCGACGUGUACUCGUUUGGCAUCGUGCUGUGGGAGCUGCUCACCCGCGAGCAGCCCUUCGCCGGCAUGAGCCCCGCGGCCGUGGCCGUGGCCGUCAUCCGCGACAACCUGCGCCCAACGCUGCCCGAGAUCGACGCGGUCGAGACCACGCCCGAGUACGUCGAGCUGCUCACCAGCUGCUGGCACGCCGACCCCACGAUCCGUCCGACGUUCCUCGAGAUCAUGACCCGCCUCAGCGCCAUGAUCGGCGACUCGAGCAGCACCAUGUACUCCAAGACCACCUCGUCGUCGUCGUCAUCGAGCGGGCCGCAAGUGGCCGUGGCCAGGCCCGGCAUGGACGCCUCGUGGACUCUGCCGUCGUCCGUGACCGCCACUUCAUCGUCAUCGGGCAGCGGCAACAGCCGGUCGAAGGACUACUCGGGCAAGCUGGGCGCGGCGGUGGCCGCCGGCGGCGUGCGGGCGCCCGAGGGCGAGGUGACAAUCGUGUUCACCGACAUCACGCGCGCCGCCUCGCUCUGGGAGUUCGACGCGGCGGCCAUGAAGGACGCCACCAUGAUGCACAACGACGCCCUCCGUGCGCUCCUCAAGCAGCACAGUGGCUACGAGGUGGUGUUCAUCCGUGACCGCAACAGCGGCGAGGGCUCGUUCUGCCUCGCGUUCCAGAGCACCGAGGACGCGCUGAUCUGGUGCAUGGAGGCCCAGCAGACCCUGAACAAGCUCGAGUGGCCCGAGGCCCUGCUCGAGCACCCGGGCGCGGCCGAGGAGUGGGGCGACACCGACGACCGUGUGCUGUUCCGCGGCCUGCGCGUGCGCAUGGGCGUCCAUGUGGGCAUUCCCAAGGUGGUGCGCGACCCGAUGACCCGCCGUGUCGAGUACAUCGGCGCGGUGGUCAACACCGCCGCGCGCAUCACGGCCAUCACGCACGGCGGCCAGAUCCUCGUGUCGCACCACGCCGCCCUGCGUGUGCAGCACUCCGAGCUCGUCCGGGAGAAGAAUCGCCUCGCAUGCCUGGGCAAGUUCGAGAUGCUCGACAGCGAGCCCGAGGGGGCCAAGCUCUACGAGCUCAAGGCGCGCGGACUCGAGGGCCGUUUCUUCGGCGGCGUGUCUAAGGACAACGAGCUCGUGCCGGAGGCGCUCAGGCGCAACGCCCGGAAGCAGCAGCACGCGAUGGACCGCUCGCCGAGCCAGCGCGAGCUCGACGCGUCGUUCGCGUCGUCGGCGGGCAGCAACGACAGCGACGAGGCCCAGACGGCCGUGGGAGAGGGCAUGAUGUUCAAGGAGGACAACUUCCUCACGUCGGCCAACCUGUGCCGCUGGGUGCUCGACUUCAACGAGAUCGCGCUGGGCAAGCAGAUCGGCUCGGGCUCGUACGGCAUGGUCUACCGCGGCAAGUGGAAGGGCGUCGAGGUGGCGGUGAAGCGGUUCAUCAAGCAGAAGCUGGACGAGCGGCGCAUGCUCGAGUUCCGCGCCGAGAUGGCCUUCCUGUCGGAGCUGCACCACCCCAACAUCGUGCUCUUCAUCGGCGCCUGCGUCAAGCGGCCCAACCUGUGCAUCGUGACCGAGUUCGUCAAGCAGGGCUCGCUCAAGGAGAUUCUCAUCACCAACAGCAUCAAGCUCACCUGGUCGCAGAAGCUAGGCCUGCUGCGAUCGGCCGCACUCGGGAUCAACUACCUGCACUCACUGCACCCGGUGAUCGUGCACCGCGACCUGAAGCCGUCGAACUUGCUCGUCGACGAGAACUGGAACGUGAAGGUGGCCGACUUCGGGUUUGCGCGCAUCAAGGAGGAGAACGUGACCAUGACCCGCUGCGGCACGCCCUGCUGGACCGCGCCCGAGGUCAUCCGCGGCGAGAAGUACUCGGAGAAGGCCGACGUGUUCUCGUUCGGGGUGAUCAUGUGGGAGGUGCUGACGCGGAAGCAGCCAUACGCCGGGCGCAACUUCAUGGGCGUGUCGCUCGACGUGCUCGAGGGCCGUCGGCCGCAGAUCCCGCCCGACACGCCACAGGACUUCAAGAAGAUGAUCAAGCGCUGCUGGCACGGCACGGCCGACAAGCGGCCGGCCAUGGAGGAGGUCAUCGGCUUCCUCGACUCCAUCCUCGCCGGCGACGCCUCCGCCGCUGACAAGGUCUAA